AUGGGAGCUACACCAGAACUACCCAACCUCAACCUAGACCCGGCAUCUGAAUACCGCGCCUGGCAAGCACUCUCAGUCUACUUCACCGUCCUCCUCAAUCGUCAAAUCCGUCGCCGCUGGCAACUCGAGCACGAAUGCAUGCAGGACAGGCCCUGUCGCUCAAUGGUUCAGACCAGUCAUCUUCCUUGA